AUGGAAUCUCCAUGCGAGACACCGAAAACCACAGACAAGAGGAAGCCUCGGACCUGCCCUCACUGUAAACGUCAUUUCCGUCGCCACGAACACCUCCAACGGCACAUUCGGAUUCAUACAAAUGAGAAGCCAUAUAAGUGUGUAUGCGGUGCCUCCUUUGGGCGCCGAGAUCUGCUCAAGCGACAUGAGGACAUUGGCCAUUCUCCAAUCACCCCUUCAACGCAGGAACCAUCGCCUGUGACUCUCAAUGAUGGCCACGGCCUGCAACCACAUGGAGAUGAAGUAUCCACCAUACAAAGCUCUGACACAUCCCUAUGGGAACUUCCUAGUCUCCAGGGCGCAGGUGCCCCUACUGGCUCCAUUGACCAACAAGGACACUACCCGGGGUACUCACUCGAAGAUUCGAUGUUCAAUCCUCAGGAUCUCCUAGUGUUACAAGACUUGGAAUCUUUCAGUCAUAAUAUGGGCCUCAGCACUGAAUGGGUCCUCCCCACUGAACCGAGUAUUGUGCAAAUAUUUGCCGGGGAAUCUAGACUGAAUCCCACGCCUGGCCAUACGACUAGAGACUUAUCACAGGAGCAACCCUCCCAUGAGAGCCAUAGCCAGUCUUUAAGCCAGCUUCCCAUAGAACGAGAGAAUGCUAAUACUCAGAAUACAAAUAAAGCCGAGUUUGGCGUAUUGACUCUGCCGAUUUUGAGGGUUACUGAGGACCACCGUAAUCGUCUGCUGCAAGCCCUGGGAGACUCUCAGACUACCAUUUCUCAAUCUGCCUUUCCUUCUUGCCACUCACUCACUAGAUUUGUCAAUGGCUUCUUCGAUGGAUUUUACCCCCAUAUACCAGUCGUGCAUCUCCCGACUUUCAGACUGGAAGACACUGAGCCUGAAAUCAUUUUGUCGAUGGCCGCGAUAGGUGCCCAGUAUCGACAUGAGCACCGAAAAGCAGUCUUUCUUUUUUAUGCUGCAAAAUCCACUCUUCAGCGAAAUACCCAGGAAAGAGAACGGAAAGAGAUGGAUCGACGUCUUUACUCUGAGGAUACCUCACCAAGCGAUCCGGACCGACGAGCCAAGCAAUAUAGAGAGCUCAUGCGCGAGGCGCGAUGUGCUCUCUAUCUCAUUGCAUUUGCGACGUGGCAAAGCGAGCAAGAUAUCGUGAGAGAGGCAUUCAAUCUCCAGAGUCUUCUCGCGAGGUGCGUGAGAGAGUGUCAACUGGUGGAAUCCCAAGAGUCACAGCAAGAGCCUCCAAGCUGGCAGUCUUGGAUACAGCAGGAGAUGGACAGGAGACUCAAACUUUUCUCUUAUUGCCUUUUGAAUAUCCAUUGCAUCGCAUUUGGCACUCCACCGGUGAUUUUGAGUGAUGAACUACAGCUUCGUUUGCCGUGUUCCUGUUUCGAAUGGAUCGCUCCAAGUCCGGAAAAAUGGGCGAAGGUGUACAAAUCAGGAAAUGCACGGCAAAUGUAUGUGCAAGAAGCCCUCUCACAUCUCAUGAAAGGCUCAAAAGAGCCACAACUACUUAACUCGCAGCCCGUGCCAUCCCCUCUGGCAAAUUACCUUCUUCUACAUGCUCUUAUUCAACGCAUCAUGCUUGUCCAACAGGCAUUCAAUCCAUACACUGACGAAGAUCAUAACUUACUCAAUCACCAAAAAGAAACCAUUCGAAAUGCUCUCCAUGCAUGGACGUCUCAGUGGCAACGAGCUCCCGAAUCAAGCCUCGAUCCGCGCAACCCCAACGGACCAGUGACAUUCACUUCAACAGCAUUGCUAGGCCUUGCAUACGUUAGACUCGCGCUUAAUAUUGGCUCAUACAAAAUACUUGGGACUCGAGAUCCACAGGAAAUUGCAAACCGAUUACUCCAAAUGCCACGUCUGCCAGCGGGCCCUCACCUACUGCCGGCCAUAUUGCACGCUACACAUGCGUUAAGCAUACCCGUUAAGCUAGGCGUCAACUACGUUGCAAGAAGCCACGCUUUUGUAUGGAGUAUCCAGCACUCAAUAUGUGGAUUGGAAUUCGCCAUCUUCCUUAGCAAAUGGCUGUUUUGUAUAUCUAAUUGUCAAAAGACAAGACCGCUGGAUGGUAUGUACUCGCCGUGUCCAAAUAAUUUCGACAGAAAAUGCUCACGCGCACAGAACAUGAGAGUCGUCUGA